AUGGUUUGUAAAAGUAAGGGAUGAGGGAUUACCUGCGAAUGGUCCAAUACUAAAAGAGAAAGCUAUAAAGUAAACUUCAAAGCAUCAAAUGGCUGGUUUCAGCAAUGGAAGGGUCGGCAUGAAAUAUCUUUCAAAACUCUUCAGGUGAAGCCAAGUCGUGUACCGAAGAAAUGACCGCGUCAUGGGAAGAAUCGACUCUUCCAACUAUUCUCUCAAACUAUGAGCUUCGAGACAUAUAAAACGCAAAUGAAUUUGGCCUCUUUUAUAAAGCACUUCUGGACAAAUCAUUGCAACUGAAAUCAGAGAAGUGUGUUGGUGGGAAGCACAGUAAAGUUCGAUUAACAGGCCUAGCAGCUGGUAAUGCAGUAGGCGAGAAAUUACCAAUGUUUGUCAUUGGGAAGUCGAAAAAAACUCGGUACUUCAAAGGAGUUAGAAACUUGCCAUGUAGAUAUCGGUCUCAAAAGAAAAGUUGGAUGGACAGCGCACUUUUUGAGGAAUGGGUCCGUGAACAAGAUCGUAAGUUUGCAUGCGAAGGCAGAAAAGUAGCGCUUACUGUAGAUAACUGCCCUGCCCACCCUACCAUAUCUAACCUGAAGGCUAUUAAUUUGGUGUUCCUGCCACCGAAUACAACAUGCACGACGCAACCAAUGAAUCAAGGCGUCAUCAGAUCAAUAAAGGCGUUUUACCGUGGAGCAACUGUCCGCAACUACAUUAACGCUGUGGAAAAGGGAAUGUUACCUCCGAAAUUCACCAUUUUGGAUGCUAUGAUGAUCCUGACUGGCGCUUGGAAUAGAGUAACUGCGGAGACAGUUCAGAAUUGCCUCAAGAAAGCUGGCAUUGGCAGUGAAGCGCAGCAAAGUGCUGUUUGUGACGCUGAUGACCCAUUCAGUUUUUUAAGCGAGGAGCUGGAGUCUUUGAGAGAAAGCUCCCCAGAGCUUGUGUCAACCUGUGUAACCCUAUAUUAUGUAAUCGGUACAGAUCAAAACAUGUUAACCUCGAACAUGGAAUCCUUGACUGAUGAAGAAAUCCUAGCAGAGUUUCAUGAAACAGAUGACGGCGUUGAAGAUGAUUCUGAUGACAAGAUUGAAAUGCUAGAUGACGCCCCUAAGCGACCUGCUACAAGUGAAGUGAGACAGUCCAUUGAUACCCUGCUCACUUACAGUAUGUUUGUGGAGGAGAAGAGGAGAUUCGCCAAGUUACCGUUCAGUUAUCUUUGCUAA